UUAAUAUUCGUUUUUGUAUAUUAUUGAACCACAACCGGAGACAACCACAUCAUUUCAAGCUUCAAAAGUUCAAGAACCGUAAAAAGUUGUUCAAUAAGAGUAUAUUAUAAUAUGUUUAAACAUGAAUUUUAUCCUAUCGCAACGCUUAUUGCAGUCCUUAAUAUUUUCUGUACCAAGGUAAUUGGUCAUGGAAUGCUUUUAGAUCCUGUUAGUCGUUCAUCUAGGUGGCGAUAUGAUGAAUCAGCCCCGAAAAAUUACGAAGAUAACAUGCUCAAUUGUGGAGGAGCCGAUUUAAGUUUUGCAACUAAUUUUUAUUUUAUCUUUACAUUCCUCAUGAGCUUUAUUUUCCAGGUAAUGUGGGGUACUAAUGCUGGUGAAUGUGGAUUGUGUGGAGAUGAUUACAGUUUACCAACACCUCGUCCCAAUGAACUGGGUGGAACCUUUGGAGAGGGAGUAAUUACCAAACAGUACGUUAAUGAAUACCAGGUCGAAUUGGGCAUACAAGUCAUCGUAAACCACAUGGGUUUCUUCUACUUCGAUAUUUGCAACUUGGACGAGUUUCAUGAAGAAUCUGAGGAUUGUUUUAAGGAAAAUCCCGUUCUAUUGGCUGAUGGCAGUGAUAAGUUUUAUGUUGAAGAAAAGGUCGGAUGGUUAAAUGUACAAAUAAUGUUUCCUCCAGAAUUAGAUUGUAUGCACUGUGUUUUGAGAUGGAACUAUGAAGCAGGAGAUAAUUGUGAAGAUGGCAGUCUUGGUUUGGGUUGUGGACCGCAUCAGGAGAACUAUAAAGGUUGUUCUGAUAUAAGUAUAUUGACGCCAAGUUCACGACAUGUAAAUGUGGGAUUGAACCUUUCGUUUACACUUUUAAAUCAUGAGACAAAUAUUAACAAUGCAGCACCACUUAUAAAUAACCAUGGUGUAAAACAGGUUGAGCCUGCUGAUGAACUAACUGAGCCUGAGACUGAGCUUGAGGAUUAGACUUACAUGUUAGAUUCAUAUGUGUGUUUUAAAAAUGUACAUAUUAUAAGUACAUACUUAUGUAUAUUUGUAUUAUGUGAUAACCAUUUAUGUUUAAUAAACGAGUUCAAAAAUUGAAA